AUCUCCGAUGCACAUCUCAAACUUUGCAAGUGCAGUUUUAAAGAAAAAAAAAGAGAUAAAAGGUGAGUACUUGAGAGUAUCUUCCCCUUCCCUGCGCGUAAAAGAAAAUCUCCCGUCUCGUCUCCUCCGCUACUUGCGCCAUCCUCGGCUGAACAGGGGAGAGGCGCCGAUCUCCAUCUGGCGAGCAGAGCAGGGCAGGGGAGGGGAUCCUGAUCUGGAAGAAGCUCUUCUCUUAAUUUCAGAGCCUUAACCUUAAUACAAGUAACAGUUUGCUUGUUCCCCACAAAAGUUUAGGGUUUCAACUGAAUCCGCAUUUCCCCCCUUGGUUGCUACUCAUCUGGGAAGUUCUGGUGGGGCGGUUUGAGCACUGAGAAAGUAUCACCAUUGGAAAUGAGUGCAGGCGGUGCGUUUGGUGGAAAUCGGGGCGUGAGGCCUGUGCCUCCCGAAAAGGGAGUGUUCCCACUGGAUCACUUGCACGAGUGUGACUUGGAGAAGAAAGAUUAUCUUGCGUGCCUUAAAUCAACUGGAUUUCAGUCCGAAAAAUGUCGGCAGUUCUCGAAGAAGUACCUGGAAUGUAGGAUGGAGAGAAACCUGAUGGCAAAGCAAGAUAUGUCAGAGCUUGGGUUUAGAAGUGAGGAUGUCAUGAACCCAUCACCCAACAAAAAAAACAAUCUGGAAAGUUCUGCAAGUGGUCCAAACGAGGAAAGAUAGCUGUUUGAUUUUGAGGUAGCUUUGGUUCUAAUGCAAGGCCAUCAUCCAGGAAACCAGUCAAGUCUAAUUAUAAAGAAGAGAAUAAAUAGCAAGAAGAUGAAGGGAACAAACACUAUGAAAUGUUGAAAUUUCCUCUUCAAUUGUUAGGAUUGUUAGAACCAUGUGACACAUGCUUGCAAGUAAUUUCUUGUGAAUGUUCAUCGUGAACUCAUAAAACUGUUUGUUUCCAUUUCUA